GAUUUUUCACUACAUACAUACAUCCCUCACUCAAUCGAGGGCAGCAGUCUUUGGUGUUAGAGACCCCAGUGAAGACGCACAUUUAAAUCCAACUCCAGAAUGCAGCUGAUUCUCGUUGCGACCUUGCUGGGCCUGGCAUUUGGCAGCUGCACUGCCUCCAUAAGUGGACCGUUUAUCUUCUGGGGUCACUCCAGGGUAUCUGGUCUCCAGUCGCAGGCCUUGGUGGAUUCGCACAGCAGGGAACUCCCGCUGACGCAACUCUUCACGGAGGCCAAGGCCAUUGUGGUCUUUGUGCGGAACUCAACCGGUCGACUGGAGGGCACCAAGUAUCCCCUGUUCCAAAAUCUCGUCAAGAGUGCAGCCUGGACGUAUCUGCCGCAAAGGAGUCUCGCAGCGGAGCCCUUCGGUCUUAAUGCCAACAUUGAGGUGGUGAGCCUUUCGGGACACGGAGAAGAGGAUGACGCAGAGAUCCUGACGGCCUACAACGAAGCCUUGAACAACUACGGCCGUGGCGAAGUGCUGGGCAUCCUGGCCAGCCGCGAGGAGGAGGCCCACUUCCUGGCCAAGCGAGAGGCUUCUCCUGCUGGCACGGAGGAGGAGGAGAAGGCCAAGGCAGCCGAGGGUCCGGAGGAGACCGAGGCCAGUUUCAUCUACGUGGCCGAGGGGAACAAGGCGGUGCUGAGUCUCAAUGGACCCCUAGAACUCCGGCUGACCAACGACACCCUGAAGCUGGAGGAGCACAUCAAGCAGAUCACCUUCGACGAUCAGCGAACGAAGGGCUAUGGUCGACUGAGCAUCACCUUUAUGCCUUCGGGGGAGAAGUGCACGCUGCGUUUUAAGUUCUCCCUGAUCCAGGGAUCCUGGACGUUGCGCAAUGUGGAGGUGGAGUACCGGGAUCUGAAGAGUGUGCUGGUGGCCCGGGGUGAUGAGUACACCCUGCCCUCGGCUCCACUGGGAUUCUCGUACCGCUGCUCGGCGGAGAACGUGAAUUUCCUGAAUCCCGCCCGGAAUGAGACGAUCCAGAGCCUGAUCCUGAGUGAUUUCCAGGUGCAGCCGUGGCUCAAUGGACGUCAGGAGUAUGGCGAGGUCUACGACUGCGUGGGCUUCGUUACGGCCCCAAUCCUAGCUGGACUUUUCGUGGUGACCCUGCUCCUGGGCAUCCUGGGACUGGGAAUCUCCGCCAUGCUCAGCAUGCACACGCCCAAUCGAUUUGAGAGUUCGCGCAGCAAGCAGUUGACCUUCACCAUACAGGAGUAGAUCAUCCAUUGAUUAUCUAAUCUCUAAUGACGAAACAGUUCCGGGGGAGCCAUGUUUAUCCAGAUCACCUAUGUGGCUUUCAAACCGCUGGCCUUGUUCACCCUGGCCAUCGAGCUCUUCCUCAUCCAUCUGCUAUUCGUGCUGAUCGUGCUUUACGUGUAUGUGCUAUGGUAUUACUGACAUCAAGCCCCAAAUCGAUAUGAACAAUUUGAAAUAUAUAUCUGCAAAAAAUAACCAAA